UACCAUCAACUGGCUAAGAAAUUGAUCACAAAAUCUAAGAAGAAAAAGAAGGAAGUUUAAUUGAAAGCCAAUGAAGAGUUGUGUGUUCACCGCAACUGUUCUCAUUCUUCUAAUUGUAUUCCUCCCAGUUUUCAUCAAUGCCAGACAUAUUCGCAACCUACACUCACCAGAGCAGAACAAUCACCCAAUGAAUCCAGUAAUUAGCAGAAAAAAGGCGAUGGCGAGAACAGAAAUGAGCUGGGAAUUAAGAAAGGGAUCAACAAUGCACAAAAGAGGUGCAGAAACAUUGCAAAUAGCAGGGUCAAGGUUGCCAGAUUGUUCACAUGCAUGUGGAUCUUGUAGACCUUGUAGAUUAGUUAUGGUUAGCUUUGUUUGUUCAUCUCUUGAAGAAGCUGAGACUUGUCCUAUGGCUUACAAAUGUAUGUGUCAUAACAAGUCAUACCCUGUUCCUUAAAUGAAAUUCAGAAAAUUAUUCACACAAAUAUCAUCAUAUUUCCCACUGAUCCUAUGUACCAUAGAGUGUUUCUCAACAUAUUUUUUGUUUCUUCGAGCUUUCAUUUCUACUUCCUUUUCCCAUA